CUGUUUGUCAGCAUUGACACCAGCGUUUUAAACUUUUCUUCAUCGUGAUUUUAGCUCGAUAAUGCGCCACGUGUUCUAGAACAACUGAUGUCUACCGUAAAUUUGGUGUUUACUACUCAGAAAUCAAAAUAAAUCCCUAAAGAUUAAAAAACAGCCUGUAGUAGAAGCCGCUCUACCCGUUGAAGGAGAAAUGCCCAAGAAGAAAACCGGUGCUCGGAAAAAGGCAGAAAGUCGCAAAGAACGGGAGAAACAGAAUCGAGCCAAUCGAGAACAUGUCGAUGUGGCCAAACAUCCCUGUAACGUCAACAUGGACUGCGACAAAUGUCAGAGAAAACAGAAGAACAGAGCUUUCUGCUACUUCUGUAACGCAGUGCAGAAAUUGCCUGUCUGUGCCCAGUGUGGCAAAACCAAGUGCAUGAAAUCAUCAGACUGUGUGGUCAAACAUCCGGGAAUCCACACCACUGGGAUGGCCAUGGUGGGAGCAGUGUGUGACUUCUGUGAAGCCUGGGUGUGCCACGGUAGGAAAUGCCUGAGCACUCACGCCUGUGCAUGCCCCCUGACGGACGCAGACUGCAUUGAGUGUGACCGUGGUGUUUGGGAUCAUGGAGGGCGAAUCUUCCGCUGUUCCUUCUGUCAAAACUUCUUGUGUGAGGAUGAUCAGUUCGAGCACCAGGCAAGCUGCCAGGUCCUUCAAGCAGAAACAUUCAAAUGCGUUUCCUGCAAUAGACUCGGACAACACUCAUGCCUGCGCUGCAAGGCCUGCUACUGCGACGACCACACCAGGAGUAAGGUCUUUAAGCAGGAGAAGGGAAAAUCUCCACCUUGUCCAAAGUGCGGCCACGAGACCCAGGAGACUAAAGACCUCAGCAUGUCCACUCGCACGUUGAAGUUUGGCCGCCAGGCCGGCGCUGACGACGACGACGACGAUUACGAUGGGGCGUCCGGUUAUGAUUCCUACUGGAAGAAUUUAGCGUCGGGAGGCAGAGACCAAGAGGAUGACUAUGGUGAGGACGACGAGGAGGAGGAUGAGGACGACGAGGAGGAGGAUGAGGACGACGAGGAGGAGGACGAGGACGAAGAUUGUGCCGAGGAAGCGGCCGAUUCCCUGGCGGAACUUAAAGUGGAUGGAGACGCUGCGUAAACUGGGAUGGACUGAGGAAUCAGUAGACACAUGUAAACUAGGACAACGCCGAUUAUAAAUACUGGAGGUGCCAAAGUCUGCACAGAUACAAAACUAGAACAAUCACAUUUAACAGUUUAUUCGCUUAAUUGGUAGUUAAAAGCUUGUCCAAACAUUAUUGCCAUGCUCUGAUCUCUGAUUAGCUCCUGUUGAGACACGCUUGUUUCACGUGUAAUCUGGCAAUAAAUCCCUGUCUGCUGGAGCACA